GACAGGAGAUCGAUCAUAUAUCAUACUCAAAUUGUAUAUGUAUCUAUCGCUUUUUACUCUGAGCGAUCAAUUACGUGUUUGCUUUUUCAGAUUGUAUAUGUAUCUAUUGCUUUUUACUCUGAGCAAUUGAUUACGUGUUUGCUUUUAUAUAUUUAGAGCUAAUAGCUGCGUUUUCUCUCUCUCUUGAAAUGGCUGAUCUGAAUGAAAUUCGAAGAGUAUAUCAACUACUCGAGACAAAUGCUGAUGGAGCCGUUACUGUCCAUGAAAUCUGUCGAUUCACAAACAAGCUCGGAAUAGUAAUGGCAGAAGAAGAUUUGAGAUUAAUGGUGAGAAACAAAGGUGCAGAUGAUUGUAGCGAUAGUCUUCAAUUCGAAGAGUUUGUUGAAUUAUAUCAUUUCAUCUUCAACUGCGAACAAGACAAAGAUAUAUAUGAGUCAGAAGAUCUGAUGGAGGCAUUCAAGAUUUUUGAUGAGAAUAAAGACGGAUAUAUCUCUUGUGAGGAGCUGCAACGAGUUCUGUCAAGACUGGAAUUAAUUCCACAUUCGCAGCAACCACAGGAGUGCGAGAAAAUGAUAUGCAGAUUUGAUUCAGACUGCAAUGGAGUGUUAGACUUUUCUGAAUUCAAAUGUAUGAUGUCCGCUACAGUCUCUAUGAUAUCUUUGUAGAAUUUUUAAGGCCUCUAAACGUGAUAUAUUGUCUGUUUGUAUAUUUAUAAUUUCUUUUAUUGUUGAAAAGCAUGGAAUUUUUAAGUACUCGGUACAAAACUACCUGCCACGCUCUACAUCAACAAUUAUAAGCUCGCCUUAAACCUCUUCAAAUUUCGCCAACUAUGAGUAGUAUCAUGUGAUAUGCCUUGUUGCUGCUUACUUAGUUCUGAACUGAUUUCUCAUCCAUUGUUUAAUUCCUAUCUUCCUCAGUCCUUUAGGUCAAGUAGAGAUAAAUUCCUUCUUGUUCUAAACUCCUCUAGCCAUUGAUAAGAUUGUUCUUCUCACUAGGAAACCAGGGAAAAUGGCGUAAACAAACUAGCUUCAGGGGCUUCCCUCAACCUCUACUUCCUAGCAGUGUAGGGCUUUGACAAUGCUCCCUCCUUUUCCUGAUAGUGCAGGGGUUUGAUUAUUCUCAUUCCCCUCCUCUUAUAGCUAGAAAUGUUACCCCUAGUUGAUCACACCAAUUUCACAUAACCUUUCACUCAUAAACUGAUUACAAACCAUAUUUAUAUAUACAAGAUCAUGUUUUCAUGCUAAAAAUAAAUUCUUGAAAAAUUUAUCUCAAUCAAUCAAUGGGACUAUUUUUUUUUUUUAUAGCUCACUAGUGAUGUCUUUGACAAUCCUUUUGUCUCCAAGCUAGGUGCACUUCGACAGAUCCAUUGACCUAUUUGGAUGAUCAUUUUGGACACUAAUAUUUAAAGGGUGCAAACUAUUACCACAUUGUAUUUAUUUGCAAAUUUCUAUUUUCUGUUUGAAAGGUGUUCAUUGAAAUUUGUGGAUGUUCCUGCAAGAUACGAGAAAACUGUCAUCUUUCUGCAUUGUUCAUUU